GAAGAGGAGGAGGAAGAGGAGGAGGAGACAGUAGCGAAGAAAGGAAGGAAGGAAGGAAGGAAAGAAGGAAGAAAGGAAGGAGAUGUUGCGGAGGAAAAAUAUGUUUCUCAAGUCAUAUUUGGACAACCUGCCAAUCAUCAUCUUCAUCAUCGUCGUCAUCGUCACGGUGACGUCAUGGACCAGCGGAGUGAUCAAUCACCAUCGGAAACAGACUUCAUACGUUCUAGAACAUUCUCUGAGGAUCUAAAAGAACAACAAGAUUAUUUUUCUUUCCCUCAUCGGACUGAAGAUUAUCACCCUGCGCCACUGGGAGGCAACUGCCAGAAGAAAUGCGGGUCCUAGGUGCCUUAGUACGUCACCACCAGGACCAUGGCGAUUCAUUGGCCACUGAGAAAAGAGGGAUGCUUGCAAGGCUCCGCCUCCACUGCUAGAUGCUCAGCAUCCUCCUUCAAGCUUCUAUGGUUGCCAUGGAUCUUGUUUUGGCUGCUCUGGCCCAUCCGAGCUGAGCAAGUGGUCAGCGGCGGACAUGCGGGCAAAUCUCUCCACGGGUCCCCGCCCUCGUCCUCGUCCUCGUCCUCGUCCUCGUCCUCGUCCUCGUCCUCGUCUCCCUCCAGCUCAUCAGCAGGAUUCAGCAGCAGGCCUGGUGGGGGUCAGCUGGACUGGCUGCUGUCAGAAAAAGGACCUUUCCAGCGAUGCUCCGAGUACACCGAGUUCACCGAGAGGUUCCAGCAGGGAUUUUCUACCAGAUACAAGAUUUACAGGGAGUUCAGCCACUGGAAGGUGAACAGCUUGGCCACAGAAAAGCGAGACCUCUUCAAAGCGUCUUCACCUUUAGCACCAGAGUUCUUACGCAACCUGCGGUUGCUGGGGCGACGGCCAACCUUACAGCUGAUCAACGAAAACCUCAUCAAGAAGUACGGGACUCACUUUCUGGCCUCGGCUACUUUAGGAGGGGAAGAGUCUCUGACCAUCUUCUUGGACAAACACAAGCUGAACAAGAAGUGGGAAGGCAACAACAACAACAACAACAACAGCAGCAGUAAUGUGGUUUCUCUGGAGCUGCUGCACCAGUUAGCUGCUUCCUACUUCACAGAUCGAGAAAGCACACUAAGGAGACUCCAUCACCUCCAGAUCGCCACUGCAGCUAUCAAGGUAACAGAGACAAGGACGGGCCCUCUCGGUUGCAGUAACUAUGACAGCUUGGACUCUGUUAGUUCAGUGUUGGUGCACAGUCCGGAAAACAAGAUCCACCUAAGAGGUUUGCAGGAUGUCCUACCAGAGUUCCUGCGAGGUCGCUUUGUGGAGGCGGCCCUGAGCUACGUGGCGUGUAACUCUGAGGGCGACUUCCUGUGUCGCAACAACGACUGCUGGUGUCGAUGCUCUCCUGGCUACCCACAAUGCAACUGUCCCUUGGCAGAUAUCAGCGUCAUGGAGGACAACCUGCAGCAAAGCAAACAUGCCUGGAACGCUUUCAACCAGGACUUCAUGGACUCAGAUGAAUUCAAAGCCUUCCUGAAGCGCUUGCCUGCCGACAGAUUCUUGAAUGUCUCCAUGAUGGCCAAAUACUGGUCCGCAGACGUGUCCCUCCAGAAGCGCUAUGCCCAGCUCCGGUCCAGUGCGGCUUUGGUUCUGGCCAAAGCUCAGAAGAUCGUCAGGAAGUUGUUCACGCUAAGCAAACGAUGUCCCAAGCAACCUCGCAUCAGUCUGCCUCGGGAAAGGCCGCUUGCCUUUUGGUUGACUCAGGCUCAGGCGUUGCUCUACUGCAACGAGCAUGGAGUCCUGGGCUUCUUCUCGGAGGAAGUCCAGAGCUGCAGCUGUCCUGUGGACCAGCCCCCCUGUCAGGGUGUCAUUCCCUGUGUCGUCGGCACCUCUUCCAUCUCCUGUUCAACGUGUGCCGCCGACAACGCCACCCGCUGUGGAUCCUGCCACCACGGCAACCUCUUACACCUCGGUUCCUGUCGACCAAGCGUCGCCUCGUCCCUGGACCACUAUUUGAACCUGGAUCUGGACAUGCCGGAUGCUGAGGUUAAAAGAGCUUCUGACCUUCAUUCUCACACUCAGGCAAAGUACCUGCUUCAGCAGCUGGACAGCAGGAUAGAGGUCCAUGCCAUCUACAUCAGCAAUGAUGUACGCCUGGGAAGUUGGUUCAAUCCUGCCUGGAGAAAGAGGAUGCUGCUCACGCUCAAGAGUAAUAAAAACAAAUCCAAUCUCAUCCACAUGCUGAUGGCCAUUACUUUCCAGAUCUGCUCAACUAAGAACUCAACAUUGGAACCCGUGCCUGCAAUUUACGUGAACCCUUUUGGGGGGAGUCACUCGGAGAGUUGGUUCAUGCCAGUGAACCGGCCGGACUUCCCCGACUGGGAGAGAACUCGACUGGACUCUGCAGCGGCUGCACAAUGCUACAACUGGACAUUGUCGCUGGGGAACCGGUGGAAGUCCUUCUUUGAAACGGUCCACAUCUACCUGCGAAGCCGUAUCGUCACAGGUGAUCCAACAGUGAAUGAAACACUCUUCUAUGAACCUUUGGACAUGGAGGAUCAGACAUCCAACCUGGGCUAUAUGAAGAUCAACACACUGAAAGUGUUUGGAUACAGCAUGCACUUUGACCCUGAGGGUAUCAAGGAUUUAAUCCUCCAGUUGGACUACCCAUAUACGCAAGGUACACAGGAAGCUGCCUUCUUGAUGUUGUUGGAGAUGAGGGAUCGCAUUAAUAGGUUAACGCCACCAGCACCUCAGUCGCUCGACCUUUUUUCUUGUCUGCUGCGGCAUCGACUCAAGUUGUCAGCUGGUGAGGUGGCACGCAUCAAGGAGGCCCUCCAGAUCUUUAACUCCAAGCUCCCAAAUGCCUCCCCUCAACCUGAGCUGGCCCAGCUGUGCAGCUAGCAAGCUAGCUUUGUGCUCAGGAGAGGUUCAAGGCUGAAAAGAGGCUCAAGGAUGUAUGGAUAAUCUUGACAUGGUCUACAGUCAACGUCUCUUGAGUGGGUUUCCUUUGGCGUUUGUAUCAUGACGACAAAUCGGUUGACUUCCAGACCAUGGGGCUGUGUUGAGAUGCUGAACUCGCUGGAAGUAAACUUUUGUUAUACCUGCCUUGCUUUUGGCAAAGUCAAUGACAGCAGGGGGACUCAUAGGAAACACUUAAGGCCCCUGGCUUGCAAAGACAAAAGUCAUUUUGAUAUGUAAGGUCCAACUCUUGAGGGACCAACACAAACAUAACAUGAGAACCUGUUUUUUUGCUUUCAAAACUAUCCCGAGAAUGAGUGAAGGGUGGAAAUAAGUCAAUGUGCAUUGGAUGAUGUCAUGUUAUGCUUUGCCGUUCCAAUUUUUCCCCACCAACAUCAUCACUAACAACUAAGAACCUUUUUACCCGGGUAAAAGAAGUCCUGUAAUCUGUGUGCUUUGCACUUCCACUGCCACUCAAAGUCUUUCUUUUUUUAAUCUAGGGGUCAUUUAUUCAAAUCCUGCUGAUGCUAUAUGGGGGAGUGUAACAUGGUUACAUAGGAUGAGGGUCUGGUGAGUCCAUUUAGAUGUCAAUAACAACAAUUAAAGAAUGAAUGUCUUGACAACACACCUCCAUCCAAUUCAUUUAGCUUUACUGGUUAGCAUUAGCAUUAGGUUCACAGCUACACGGUGCUUAGGAUUCUGUAAAGUUUCACAAAUGUAUGCGCCGACGUUCAUUUGCUCGGGUUCGGGUUCGCCAACUCAAAAUCCCACUUAAAAAUGUCCUUUGCAAACAUUCUUAUUCUAUUGUCUUCCCUCUAUUUUCCAAGUGAUUGAAAUGAAGAUGAAAGAAACAGCCGCAGUCUAUCUUAAACAUGGCGUGUGUUACUCCAAGAGGCGUUUUCAGCUAACAGCCCACCUCUCUAAAUUUCUCGGGCUUGUAAAAAAAAAGAGCCAUCUCGUGAGGUCAAGGUACUUUUUCUGCGUUUAGUUGGGUGUCUUCAAACAUGCACAGAGGCUUACAUUGACAUUCCUUGUUUGUCACAGGUCACAUGUCCAUGUCUGAACAGGAAAGGAAGAAGCAGAUCGUAUUUAAUCCUAUUCUUGUUAUCACAUCAGUCACAAAUAGGGUUUUUUCCACUUCCUGUAUUGCUGCACACAAAAGGCUAGCGACAUCAGACCCUGGCGAGACCCCAGAAUGAAGCCAGAAUGUUCUUGAUAAUAAUUAUUUUCAGGCUAUUCAUUUCAGGCCACAAACAAGCGGACGCCUGAGUGCCAGCUCGGACGUCCAAAGCCCACAAAGAUGUGGGAUCCUUAGAGAUGCCAACAAUUGGACUUCAACAAAGAUGCUGUUUCACUCAGACAAGAUGUUACCCGGGUCAGAAAUGUAUUUCUUAAAUGCCAGGGGUCUCAUUUAUUAAGACUUGCAUGGAUUUCUUACUAAAAAGUUUUGUACACUUAAAUCCAGAAAACAUACCAAAAACAUUCCGAUGUAUUCAAGUGUGCACAUUUCUUUUGUCAACGUGGAAGUGAGCACACAUGUUGGCGUGCACCACAUGCAUCCAUCCAUCUUCUUCCGCUUAUCUGAGGACAGGUCGCGGGGGAAGCAGCCUAAGCAGAGAAACCCAGACUUCCCUCUCCCCAGCCACUUUGUCCAGCUCCUCCCGGGGGAUCCCGAGGUGUUCCCAGGCCAGUUGGGAGACAGUCUUCCCAACGUGUCCUGGGUCUUCCCCGUGGCCUCCUACCGGUCGGACGUGCCCUAAACACCUCCCUAGGGAGGCGUUCCGGUGGCAUCCUGACCAGAUGCCCGAACCACCUCAUCUGGCUCCUCUCCAUGUGGAGGAGCAGCGGCUUUACUUUGAGCUCCUCCCGGAUGACAGAGCUUCUCACCCUAUCUCUAAGGGAGAGACCCGCCACCCGGCGGAGGAAACUCAUUUGGGCCGCUUGUACCCGUGAUCUUGUCCUUUCGGUCAUAACCCAAAUAUCAUGACCAUAGGUGAGGAUAGGAAAGUAGAUCUUGUACCCGUGAUCUUGUCCUUUCGGUCAUAACCCAAAGAUCAUGACCAUAGGUGAGGAUAGGAACGUAGAUCUUGUACCCGUGAUCUUGUCCUUUCAGUCAUAACCCAAAGCUCAUGACCAUAGGUGAGGAUGGGAACGUAGAUCGACCGCUAAAUUGAGAGCUUUGCCUUCCGGCUCAGCUCCUUCUUCACCACAACGGAUCUAUACAGCGUCCGCAUUACUGAAGACGCCGCACCGAUCUGCCUGUCGAUCUCACCAUCCACUCUUCCCUCACUCGUGAACAAGACUCAGAGGUACUUGAACUCCUCCACUUGGGACAAGAUCUCCUACCCAAACUGGAGAUGGCACUCUAACCACAUAUGAUCUGUAGAAUCCAUCAAUCCAUUUUCUACCGCUUGUCCCUUAGAGGGUUGCGGGGAUCUGUAAAAUGGAUCCAAUGACAAUAUUUUCUGUUGGCGUAUACAUAUUGAUCAUGUGAUGGCCAGCAGUCAAUAACUCCCAUUACAUUGGGUUAACCCUAACCCUAACCCUAACCCUAACCCUGUUGCUUUAAAGUUGGCCUGUUCAGCUGCCUUGUGCAGGAACUUGGUACACCUGGCUAACAUGUCCAUCAUUUCAGGGUUUUUUUUGCCUGAGUUUUUAUAUUUAUUGGUGUAAUUUCACAUACGGAGGUGUGCCAAUUGUUCAUAUGUCUCUGGUGUGCACAUCCAUCAUUCUGAGGAGUCAUUGUUUGACAUUUCUUACCAAGCAUCAGGUGUGUGUCACAUUUCCACAUUUAGUUCACCCUUGAGACAUCUCAACUUUGAUGUGAAAAAGGGCACAGUCCAGGUUUUUGUGUGCACGCACUCCUAAUACACCUGGGGCCGCUUUUUGGAUUUGAGUGUACAGCAUUUUAAAGGAGGAAAUCCAUAAAAGUCUUAAUCCUUGAGGCCCCUGAUCUUUAAGUUCCUGUGUUGGAAAAUAGACAUCUGUACAUGUCAUUAGGGCUAGGGUUAGGGUUAGGGUUAGGGUUAAAGUCAUUUCAAUGAUGAUACGGGAUAGGGUUAAGGUUAGCUGGAUAAGAAGCCUGUUAGUGAUGCCGUGUACUUGGUGGUGUGUCUUUACCAAAAAAAAUGCACUGGCAGCACAAAUACCGAAAAAGCUUGAAUGUUUGUUUAUGCUUUUUUAUGUUUUUCUCUUGAGGUGAACCACCCUGCCAAAAAAAUAACUCAAUCUGAGUUGUAGACAAAAAAAGAUUUGCAGGUGCUGUACAUAAUGCUCCAUCUAACCCAAUGUGCACAUUGCUUUUUAAAUAACCAAGCGCAACCCCCCCACCCCCACCUUUACCUUACCACCACAAAAAAAACAAAAACCAUUUAAAUACAACUGUAACAACUCAUGCCUUAUAAGGAUUCAGUGUUGUAUUAAAAGUUGCUGUUUGAUUUUCUGGCAGGUGACGUGUUGCUUUUAUUAUUGACAUUUUAAUAUUUACCACCACGACACAAUGUCACAUGGAAGUACAAAUACAUGGUGGUCACAUGAAAGUACAAAUACAUGGUGGUCACAUGAAAGUACAAAUACAUGGUGGUCACAUGAAAGUACAAAUACAUGGUGGUCACAUGGAAGUACAAAUACAUGGUGGUCACAUGAAAGUACAAAUACAUGGUGGUCACAUGGAAGUACAAAUACAUGGUGGUCACAUGA